UCUCCUUCGCUCUUGGCACCCAUGUCGGAGGUGUUUUUUGCCUGGAAGAAAUGGACUCUGGCAAUGCAUGAAUUUGAUCAUUCAGAGAUCAGAUCUGUUGAGUCUGUGAAUGGCGCCAAAACAGGACCCUAAACCUAAAUUUCAAGAAGGUGAAAGAGUCCUGUGCUUUCAUGGGCCAUUGCUCUAUGAGGCAAAGUGUGUCAAGAUAAACAUAAAGGAUAAACUGAUUAAAUACUUCAUUCAUUACAGCGGAUGGAACAAAAACUGGGAUGAAUGGGUUCCUGAAAGCAGAGUUCUCAAAUAUGUGGACAGCAACCUUGCGAAACAAAAAGAGCUUCAAAAGGCCAAUCAGGACCAUUAUGUUGAGGGAAAGAUGAGGGGUUUAGCACCAAGCAAGAAGAUUGCUGCUGUGCAGCAGAAAAAUGUUGAUCUGAAAGUGAAAAAGGCAAAGCAGAAGACCCCAGGGCCGGGUGAAGGCACCAGCAGCGGAGAAACGCCGCAGGGGCCCCGGAAGAAGAGGGCUCGGGUCGAUCCCACUGUGGAGAGUGAGGAAAUGUUCACCAACCGCGUGGAGGUGAAGGUGAAGAUCCCUGAAGAGCUGAAACCCUGGCUAGUGGACGACUGGGACCUCAUCACCCGACAGAAACAGUUAUUUCAUCUGCCUGCUAAGAAGAAUGUAGAGACUGUCUUGGAGGAUUAUGCAAACUACAAGAAAGCUAAAGGAAACUCGGACAAUAAGGAGUAUGCGGUAAACGAAGUCGUGGCGGGGAUUCGGGAAUACUUCAAUGUCAUGCUGGGCACUCAGCUACUUUACAAGUUUGAGCGUCCGCAGUAUGCUGAAAUCCUGGCUGAACACCCAGACAUGCCGAUGUCUCAGGUGUACGGAGCUCCACACUUACUGCGCCUGUUUGUUCGUAUUGGAGCCAUGCUCGCCUACACUCCACUGGACGAGAAGAGUCUGGCUUUGCUGCUCAGUUACCUCCAAGAUUUCCUCAAAUACCUGGUUAAGAAUUCAUCCACCCUCCUGAGUGCCACUGAUUACGAGGUCGCGCCUCCAGAGUACCACCGCAAAGCUGUUUGACAGCUCUCAGCACACAGCGCUCCUAUUGAGGCACAUCUCCCACACCACAUGUUAAAUAAUCAGUACUUUCCUUUCGAGUGCAGACUUGAGAUUUUUCCCUUAAACUCACACGCUCUGUCCACAAAGGUCUCAGGAGCUUGUCACAGUUAGGUAAAAGAGAAAAAAAUAGAAAACUUUUUAGCUGAAUCUCUUCUUUUCUCCUCUUUUCUCCUUUUUCUCUCUCACUUAUUUGAAAAAGGCACAAGAAAAAAAAGUAACUGUUUCCACAAGCAGCUCUUUGGUGUUUUUUGUGCAUUCCACCUGUUAGAUAUUUGUUACUGUUGCAUGUUUGUAUUUAUUAGUGUUCCUUCCGCCACAUGAGGUGCAAUGUAAUGCUGGACCACAUGGUCAGCACACAGCUGUUAAUGUUUUUGUAUCUGUAUCUUGUGCAUUUGUAUCAAUUUGUAAAAAAAAAUGUUUCUACACAAUCUCCA